AUGGUUGUGAUGGCUGCUGGGAGUUUGCAGCAGCCGAGAGAAUUGGUCGAUGGUUGCUGGGAUGCUUGCAACAGCCAAAGGAUGGAGGUUGAUGGCUUAGGAAUGACUGUGAUGGCUGCUGGAAUGCUUGCAGCAGCUGAAGAAAGAAUAUCUCAUUUGCUCAUCUACAUUGGAGAACUCCAAGUAAUGGGCUUGGACUUUGGUACUCCCAAGUAG